CGGACUCGGACCUACUAUAGUCAAAGUUGGCAAGAUGCUUGUUCGGUCAACGGAGUCCCUGCUAGCUAUAGCCUUGUUGGCAACCUCAUCCGCAGUCAACGCCUUCCAGCUCCCCUUUCGCCUGCCGUUCUUCAGCAAUCCUACGGAUGUCCAGCACACUCUCGAGUCCGAGCCAGUGAACGUUACUCCGAGAAUAGCCAUCGUGGGUGCCGGUGCCGGUGGGUCGAGCGCCGCCUUUUGGAUCAGCAAGGCGAAGGAACGAUGGGGUUUGGACGUGGAAGUGGACGUGUAUGAGCGGAAUAGUCACGUUGGCGGAAGAAGCACGACCAUACACCCGUACAACGAUACGUCACUGAGGCCGAUUGAGCUUGGAGCUUCCGUAUUUGUGGAGGCGAAUAAGAAUCUCUGGCGGGCUACAGAGGAGUUCAACCUUACCAGGUAUGACUUCACGAACGGCGACGAUGACAGUAAGAACGGCAUUUGGGAUGGAGAGAGAUUCAGAUUCGUGAUGGGCAGCGGCAAAGGCAUUUCCUCCUGGUUCGACACGGCCCACAUGCUCUGGCGGUACGGCUACACUGCACCGAAACGUACUCGUGAUAUCGUUCAAGAUCUUGUCAAGCGGUUCCUCGAGUUCUACCAGGCGACACCCCCUCGCUGGACCACCAUAGCCGAACUCGCGACCCAGUUAUCAUGGACAGGAUUGGCGGCUCGCACGACUGCCGAGUAUUUCGACGUGCAGGGCAUCUCCAAGAAGUUCUCCCGCGAGAUUAUCGAAGCCGCUACACGAGUGAACUACGGACAGGACGUUGACCACAUUCAUGGCCUGGGAGGCACCGUUUCCCUCGCCGCGUCCGGCGCGUCCAGCGUCACGGGCGGCAACUGGCAAAUAUACGAGCGCUUCUUGUCCGCCUCCGGAGCCGAAGUGCAUCUCGACACGACCGUCCAAAGCAUCUCCAAAACGCCCUCGGGGACAUGGACGCUCACCACCGUUCGCGGCGCCUCGCGAGACUACGCCGGCAUCAUCCUUGCUGCGCCCUUUCCCCAGACGGGCAUUGCGCUCGCCCCGUCCUCCCUUGCGUCACAGAUCCAUCCGCAGCCCUACCUCCACCUGCACGUCACCCUCCUCACCACCACCGCCCGCUACCCGAACGCGACCUACUUCAACCUCCCCCAUGGACACCCCGUCCCGAAGACUAUCCUGACCACGGCGGAGGGCGCGCGCAGCGGGGGGAAAGCACCGGAAUUCAACUCGCUGGCGUACCAGCGGCCGAUCCGGACGCUCGAGGUGGACGGGAAGGAGGUGGAGGAGUAUGUAGUGAAGAUCUUUUCGGAGAAGGAGGUGGAUGGAGCAUGGUUGGAGACGGUUUUCGAGGGUAAGGUGGGGUGGGUGUAUAAACACGAGUGGGACGCGUACCCCGUGCUCACGCCCACGGCCGUCUUCCCGCCCAUCAAGCUCGGCGACGGGUUCUACUACGUGAACGCGUUUGAGCCCUUCAUCUCGACGAUGGAGACGGAGACCAUCUCGGCGCGGAACGUAGUCGAUCUCCUGCUCAACGAAAAAUUCGGUGGCGGCAUAUGCUCACCACCCGAGGGCUGGUCCGUCGAAGGAGAUGUUGAAACGGAAUCGACUGCGGUGGAGAGCAAGACGGAGUUCGUUUAUGGUUGGGACUGCUAGAGAAAGUCGCAUUUAAUCUGCUCUGAUGUAAUUUUCGCUGCUUUGGCCUUCGUCUUCUGGGAACCUUGUAUACAUUUGCUUAUGAUGGACAUAAUAUUACACCGCCAGGUCCGCACUACGUACGAACAUUAAUCCGCAUAUCGCCCUUGAGACCUGCGCUUAGACCGCCUGCUUGAUGUACUCAAUCAACCUCGAGUACAGGUCCUCGAAUUCUUUCUUGUUCUCUUCGUUAUCGAGGUCCGCGCGAGCGGCAGCCCAGCCGUGGAACAUGUUCGUGUAGUGCUUGGUGUCGUUCUUGGCCGCGAAGGGCUUGCUGGAGAUGACCUCGAGCAUCUUCUUGUACUCAGCUUCGUCCUCAUCCUUCGAUGGGUAAAGACCGAGCGGGACCGAGAGGCCUUCGGCGUCCGAGGCGGAGAGCAUCGCAGGGUGCACGGCGGCGACGGCGUCCAAGGGGGUCUCGCCGGAGCCAGCGAGAAUGGUGACCUUGCCGCCCCAGCAGAAUCCGUACGCGACGACCUUCUUCGCGCCGUCCGCCUUGAGCGCCUCGGCGACCUUCUUGAGCCCGGCGACGCUCUUCGCCGGGUUGGCGGGCCCGCCGAAGAACUCCUGCAGCUUCUUGCCCUCUUCCUCGUUCGCGGGCGGGAACUUGUCGGCCGGCCAGGGCUCGGACGGCUCGAAGAAGUCGGGCAUGACGAGCUUGACCUUCAGCUCAUCCGCGACAAUGUCGGCGCCCUGCUGAGUUUGGGGCUUGAACCCGAAUAUAUCGUAGACACAGACGACGGCGGUCUCGCUCGACGACGGGCCGGUGACGUACACCUUAUCGUACCCGCCAUAGGACGCGUACGAGCCCUUGGGCGUGUAGUCGGACUUGACCGGGGGGAUGGUGCAGCACGCCUUGUUGGUGUUGUGGACGGUGGUAGACAUCCUCUUCGACGCUGUCGAGGUUUUCUUAACGUUGAAACGGUGAGCAAGAGAGCGGAGGCGGGUGAGCAUCUCCUGAAAUCUAUUAUCCUCGGCUUAUCAUGAUCGG